AUGGCUGCCUUGGACCCUGUCAGUUUCAGGUCCAACGGCGGCUCACCUGCGCCGACCACUCCCCGAGGACAAGCAAGCAAGGAGAUCAACAUUAUCAUCGAAACCAUUGCUCAGGAGUUCGGGCUUCCUUUGAGACCUCGUAUUGGCACGAGCUCACCGAGCAAGCGUCCAGAUGGAUACGCCGAAAGGUGCGUUGAUCAUAUCAGCUUUCUAUUCUUCCGGAACCGAGUUGAGAUGCACGAGGUCUUCAACCAGUUUCGCAGGGACAAGCGAAACAAUAGUAUUGGACCCAAUGCGCUCGAAACCUUCUAUACCCGGACUCGAGAUGCAGCAUAUCUGGAGAAGAAUAAACCACAGGUGGAUAAGCUGCAGCUGCAGCCGGAAUUCAAGAAACCCGCACCAAAGCUUUCAUUGACACAGACCAAACUCAUCCCGACCAUCAAGAAGAGCUCCAAGUUGAAUCAGGUCAAAACAUCCGAAGUUGAUUAUCAACCCUCCAAGGAUAAGCUGCUGCCAGUCAAUCAGUCCUUUGUCUUCGACGCCGAGCCUGUCAGUAGAGGGACCAAGCGCCUUUCGAACCAAGAUCUCUUCAACUCUCCACAGUAUGUGCGCCCCCAGAAGCAGCGGCGACAGCAGCCGCACAUUGAUGAUCAUUUCUCAUACAAGAUCAGUCCGUCCAAUCCUAGCUUCACUUCAUCAAAUCAAACCAACGCUGCCUCUGUCGUCGCUGGGGCGGAGAACCUCAGUUUCGCCACGACCGUCGCUACUUCGUUUGACGAGACUGACGAGCCAUGGGACUCCUCGAGCGCCGACUACGGAGGAGAUCUGGACCUGUCACAAGUCGAACAGAUCAUGACUAGCUUUGAACAACCUUCACAUGCGCAAACAGACUCGAAUGAGCUGGAGAAUUCGCUUGUCAAACCUCAAGUCUCGCUCGAACGUUCAAUCAACACCCGCCCACCACUUUCAGCGACCGACAGCCAUACGACCGCAGCAAACGUGCAGCUGCAAGCCGAACACUCUGCAGCUUUCAAGGCGCCGACUUCGAAGACCAACUCCACAUCUAUGGCAAAAUCACUUGAGCAUAGACUCGUUCGGACACUGCCUUCUGACGGCCUCUUUGGCUCUUUUGUGGCUACCGAAGUCAAUCAUUCAUCAUUCCAUCAUCUUUGGGACAGCUACCGUCUCGCAACCGCUGCUGAAAGACCCUUCCAGUACUACAGCCACGAGGACGAGUUGAACAGCAAAGUUCCGGCUGGUUUGCAGUUCCAACGAACGCCUACUUCAGUCUGGGAAGCUUUGACAGACCCAUCGCAAUCAGCCAAUGUCAUCCUCAAAGCCAAUCUCAACUUCAACUCGAGCGCUUCUGCAGACAAACUGUUGACCCUAUCCUUACAACCACUCAAGUGUGAGAGAGCCUCUCGCUUGCAGAGACAGUUUGGCUCCAGCCGUUUCUUGUAUGUCCAAGUGCCACAAAUUCACACUUUCAAGGGCAUUCAUCUCAAGGGUCAAGAAAGCCUUCUCAAGGCACGAUUCCAAGAGUGGAUGUGCACGGAGAAAGAGUUUCUUGGUCGUACAUGGCGUAUCUUUCACAUUCAGGAUAUCAAGAAGAAGCACAACAAGGACAAUUUGCCGAGCCACCGCCUUGUAUUGUUUGCUGUUGACGGCCCUCGCCUGAAGAAAAUCAGUAUUGAGGAAAUGCUGAACUGGGCUAUUCCGUUUGCUAAGAACGGCCAUCAAGGAUUCUGUAAAGCAUACGCUCGACUAGACCUGUUCCUCUCGCAGACCAUUCCUACGGUCGACUUCACCCACAAGGAGGUCAAAUACAUCAAGGAUACCUUCGCAGACGGCGCCACAGAAAGUGAGGAGUUCAACGAUCGCCGCAUGAAGUUUGAGUAUCGUUGCGGUUUUCUGGACGAGAAGGCUGUCAUGAAUGAUGGCUGCUCAUUGAUCUCAGUCGGUGCAGCGAAGGAGCUUUGCGAGAACCUUGGCAUCAAAGGAGUACGUCCUGUCGCUUUCCAGGGUCGUAUCAAUGGUUGCAAGGGUGUUUGGAUGAUAAGCGCACCCUACGACACGACAGAUCAGAAACAUCGGAAGAGAUGGAUUCACAUGACUGACAGUCAACGAAAAGUUACGCCGCGAGAUGAAGACUUGACAAGCAAUUGUGAGCCCAAUCGUUGGUCGUUCGAGUUGGUCAAAUAUACAAGCACGCCAAAGCCAUCAACGCUCAAUCUGGACUUCAUUCCCAUCUUGCAAAACCGGCACGUCUCUCGUGACACCUUACAGCAGGUCAUCGAGACCCAGCUGGAAAUGGACUUUACGGCCUUCUUGGAAUCAUUGAACGACCCAAUCAGCUUGCGGCGCUGGCUGAACUCAGAAUUCAGUGGCAUGGAGGAGAUCAACCGCAAUCUUGGCAUCAGAGAGGCUGGCAACUUCCCGUCUGACUGGGUAGAGAAGUCCAUCUUGCUCCUCGAAUCUGGUUUCAACCCAAUCACAAGCCAGUACCUUGCUAUGUGUAUCCAACAGGUCACAAAACUUUGGCUCGCCUCGGUACGCUCGAAGCUCAAAAUUCACCUUGGCAAAUCCGCCAUGGCUCUUGGUGUCGCGGAUCCGACAGGGUGCUUGAAACCAGGUGAGAUUCACAUGGCCUUCUCGGAGACUUUCCGCGAUGAAGCAUCUGGAGAAGUCUGGUCUCAUUUGAAGGGUGAGGUAUUAGUUGCAAGACAUCCCUCACUCCGAUGCUCCGAUAUUCAGAAGGUCAAAGCUGUUUACAAAGAAGAGCUUAGCCAUUUGACCGACAUUGUCGUCUUUCCCUCGAAAGGAUGUGUACCGCUUGCUCACAAAUUGCAAGGUGGUGACUACGAUGGUGAUACCUUCUGGCUUUGUUGGGAUCAGAGAUUGACGACCGAUUUCAGGAAUGCCCCUGCUCCGCUUGACGAGCCAAAGCUGGAAUACUAUGGCAUCAAGAAGGACACGAGAAAGUUGGCGGAAGUCCUCGGCAGUGAUAACAACGUUGACAGAUGGCUUUCUGAGAGCUUCAAAUUCAAGUUGCAAGAAGAUUUGUUGGGCAAAGCUACCAAGCUCCAUGGGAAACUUGCGUACAAAGAGAACUCCAUCUCGUCGAAGAAGGUGGAAGACUUGGCUGGCUUGCACGAUCUGGUCAUCGAUUCCGCGAAGAACGGGUACACUCUCACCCUCACUGCUUUCAACAACUUUGUCAGAAAGAAGCUUGGAAUCAAAGGAAGCCUGUACAAACCAGCUUACGAGUCUUGGAUGCAGUCUGCAGCGGACAGUAACGAUGGUCGCUUGGAACCAAACCUCAGACAUAUCAUCGAUUACCUACUGUUCGAAGUUGUGAACCCUCGAAUCGAGCAACUCAACAAAGAUUGCCAAGUCAAGCUUGCCGAUGCAGAUAGCCAUGACGAGGACUUGGUCAAGCCAUACAGUGACAGAAAAGCAGACAUUGAUCCAAUCGUUGUCGAUGUCCUCAGACGGAUGAACGCCGAUCUGGCCAAAGUCAAUUCCAUCGGCAACUCCGCAGAGAAGAUGACGAAAGAGCUGUAUGCUCUACAGGCUAGUCGUGUCCUUGAAGCAUACACGGCAAUCCAGCCCAUCCACACCGAAGAUCGUGUCGUCCAGGAAUGGCUCAAACGGACGACGCCGAACUCGCCAAACACCUGGGAGCUCGUCAAAGCAUCAGCCUUCUACUUGGAUAAGCACCGAAACAGAUUGACGUUAGCUUUCUUGGUCGCGGGCAAAGAGCUAUGCUACAUCAAAGCCAUGGCUUCACCUGGCAGCAGGGUUGUCAUUGAUACACUUUAUGCGACGUACAAGCCUCGCAAGGAGAAGAAGACCAUCAACAAGCGUCAAGCGCCAUUGCCUAUCACUGAGUCUUCAGAGUCGAGCGAAGAAGAGUUCUUUGAGGCUCCUGGUUGA